CAUCCUUUCUCUCUCUUGAGUUGCCCACUUCUGCUUUCUCGAAGGCAUAUACUCUCACUCUCUCUCUCAAACGUAGAAUACAUAUAUACGCAGAAGCUUAGAAUGUUGGUUGCUUUUUAGAGAGAGAAGAAGCGGUCCUUGGAAAGCCACCGCGGAGAGAUCAUUUCCUUUGUGUGCUCUGUUCUGUUCUGUUCUGCUAUUUUCUUUUUCUUUUUUCGAGACGACGGCGUAAGGGUACGUAAGAGUGAAGCUUUGAUAUGGCUGCAGCUACGGCAGUUGCAUCUUCUGCUAGUGUACGGUAUGCACCAGAGGACCCUUCGCUUCCAAAACCAUGGAGAGGACUGGUUGAUGGUAGGACUGGAAAUCUUUACUUCUGGAACCCCGUGACUAACGUAACCCAGUACGAGAGACCUGUUGCCUCCUCGGGUGUAAGCUCGGAACAGUCUAACAAUGCUUUGGGUUCAUCUGCUGCUCAAAAGGACCCACAGUGCCGUGGAUCUCAUGAUGAAGGCAGAUAUAGCAAUGCUGGUUCAGCAAAGUACACUUCUGAUCCAGAAAUUGACCAGUCUGCCAGAAACAGACCAGAUUAUUCACAGAGUGAUCCAGUUGUGGCAAAAAAUGCUGUGCAUAAACCCAUUGAAUCUAAAGGCCCAGAAACUGGGUUGUCUGUGGAGGCAUAUUGUCGUCGUCAUGAAAUUUCUGUAACUGGAGGAAAUGUCCCGCCUUUCAUGUCGUUUCAAUCCACUGGUUUUCCUUCAGAGAUAUUAAGAGAGGCACAACAAGCUGGUUUCUCUGCUCCAACUCCAAUCCAGGCACAAUCAUGGCCGAUUGCUAUGCAAGGUCGUGAUAUUGUGGCCAUUGCCAAGACAGGAUCUGGGAAGACUUUGGGUUACUUGAUUCCUGGAUUUCUUCAUCUGAAACAAAAGCGAAAUAACCCUAAAUUAGGUCCAACAAUUUUGGUGCUCUCACCAACAAGAGAGUUGGCCACACAGAUACAAGAUGAAGCAGUGAAGUUUGGGAGAUCAUCUAGGAUAUCUUGUACGUGUCUGUAUGGGGGUGCACCAAAAGGACCUCAGUUGAAAGACUUAGACAGAGGUGUGGAUAUUGUGGUGGCUACUCCUGGUCGAUUGAAUGAUCUUUUGGAGAUGAAAAGAGUUUAUCUCCAUCAAAUUUCGUAUUUGGUAUUGGAUGAGGCAGACAGGAUGCUAGACAUGGGCUUUGAACCCCAAAUAAGGAAAAUUGUGAAGGAGGUGCCUCCUAGUAGGCAAACCUUGAUGUACACAGCAACAUGGCCAAAGGAGGUGCGGAGAAUUGCUGCUGAUUUACUGGUGAACCCUGUUCAGGUUAACAUUGGGAAUGCUGAUGAGCUUGUUGCCAACAAGUCAAUAACCCAGCAUAUUGAAGUUUUAUCCCAAAUGGAUAAGCGUCGUCGUUUGGAACAGAUAUUGAGGUCUCAACAACCAGGAUCAAAGAUAAUUAUCUUUUGCUCUACUAAGAAAAUGUGCGAUAUCCUCGCUGAUAACCUAAACCGGCAAUUUGGAGCUGCUGCUAUUCACGGUGACAAAUCUCAGGAUGAUAGGGAUCAUGUGCUGAGUCAAUUUCGAACUGGAAGGUCCCCAGUGCUUGUAGCCACUGAUGUUGCUGCUCGUGGAUUGGACGUUAAGGAUAUUAGGGUGGUAGUAAACUAUGACUUCCCGACGGGAAUUGAGGAUUAUGUUCAUAGAAUUGGAAGAACUGGACGAGCAGGUGCCACUGGAGAGGCUUACACUUUUUUUGGUGAUCAGGAUGCAAGGCAUGCAUCGGAUCUUGUCAAAAUUCUGGAAGGAGCAAAUCAAAAUGUCCCUGCUGAACUUCGUGAUUUGGCAUCACGUGGUGGUGGGAUGGGAAGAGGGAGGCGCCAGUGGGGCUCUGGUCCUUCCGGACGUGAUGUCGGAUAUGGUGGACGUAACGAUUCUUCUUAUGGUGGACGUAAUGAUUCUUCUUAUGGUGGAAGGGGAGGCGGAGGAAGGGGAGGAGGUUGGGGAACACCAUCGUCUCCUGAUAGGCAGGACAGGUAUGGUUCUGAAUCGUUUGGUCACAACUCAAAUGCUACUGGAAGCUUUCAUCAGAAGAGCUUUCAUGAGAGCAUGAUGGCUGCUUCCAAGAGCAGAGAUAGAAGUCGCAGCAGAAGCCCCAACAGGAAUUCAGAAUGGGCUAACAACUCCAGCGCAGAGAAAUUUGAUGGAGCUGCCACCAACCAGCGCAGUUUUCACGAAACCAUGAUGGGGGCAGCUCAACCACCACCAUCUUUAGAUGCCCGAGCCUCACCUAAUGAUGACCCUCAAGAGUCAUUGCCAGAAAUCAACCUCCUCUCCUGAUGUUCAGGAUGACGCUGCAGCUGUGCAGUCAGGAAACGGUCAACUUGACCACGAACAUAACUCCAACUUCAAAGGGGAUGAUGCAUCAAUCAAACCAUCAAAGGAGGAUCAACCUGCUUUCGUCUGACUUGACAUCCUAGGUACUCUUGCAUUUUGUUAAUAUCUGCCUGAGGGGUAACUCGUAAGUAGAACUUGGAACACGUUGUAAUUGAACCCCCUGAGAUGCCCCCAUAAACUCUUCUAAAGUGGGCAAUUUUUUGCUGUACAUGGUUAAUGCUGCAGUAGGCACAGCUUACAUGGUCUGACACAAAUGCUGCUGCCAUAGACAAUGUCUCUCUUGUUGGAUACUUAAAUCUAUGGUAGCUAAAACAUAUAUAUUUUGUUGCUCCACAUAUCUAAUGAUUGGUAUUUUAUUACUGAUA